GUAUAGGAAUUUUUUUUAAUGUGAAUUCAUCAAUUCGUAUCUCUAUGGAUAACCUUAUAUUUGGAAGAUAAGAAAUUGAGAGGUUAUUGUUUUGAUUAGUAGUUCCUGUAUAGUUUCGCAGAUUAUAUUUAGGUUUAUUACAUAUUUUUAUAUUCUUUGCCAAAUUUAUCGUCAUUCUUAGCUAAACAGUUUUUAAAUCAGUUUUGAUAUAGUGUCAUCCAUUUUCAAGUUUCCACUAUUCUGUAACCAUUACUUUUAGAUAGGAAGUUCCCCAAAAAGUUUGGUUAUUUUGCUUUGUUCUAUUCAUUCUAUCUAUAUGUUCUAAUUAUAUCUCAAAAUCAUGAAGCAUGUCUGAAGAGAAAGAAAAAUUAAACAAUGACAAGUUGCCCUUUGAAGCUGAUCUGUCUUUAUCAAAUUCUCCAAUAGAACUUGCACAUAAUUCAUCAAUAAUUAGGCAGGAAAACGAAGGCAUAUUACGACAGGCACUUCUUAAUAGCCCAGAAAAAGAAUUCAAACUUGGUGAAGACAAAAUGUUGCCAUUGAUUAUUGACUUAUGUGAUAAUGAAGCUAGAAAGCAUAAGAGUUGUGAUGUUGAAGCAAUACAAUUGACAUAUGCCUCAGGAGGUGAUAGCAGUGAAUAUACUGCACAACUCCUAUCGCAAUUGACAUCAUCAGCGCUGCCUACAAUCAGCUGCAGUCAAGUCUCUUCUGUGUUGUCUGCACUCGAACCUAAUUCUAUUCUCUCUCAAGUAGUUACAAACAACCAUCAAGUUAAAGGAAAAUGUAAAGACACUGAGAAAGCCAAUGAAGCAUCAACACAAGAAAUCCUUACUUGCAGAAUGGAGAAGCGUAAUUAUAACAAAAAAUCUUGGUAUUAUUGCCCCAGUUGUGAGCUGGUAUGUUUAGAUGAGGAAAAAGCCAACUAUCAUGCAGAAAACUGUACAGGAAUAGCAAAAAGAAUAUACUGCCUAGCAUGUGACAACACUUUUAAUUCCACAGCCACUCUACAAGUACAUUUAAUCAUUGACCACAAAGUAGCAAUGACUGAACUAAAAGAAGUUAUUUCUAUUAAUUUAGAAACUAUAAAAAAUAAAUCAAAUGAUAAUACAGGCAUUAUAAAUCUUAUUCCACAACUACCUCUUGAGCUUAGUUCUAAUAGCAAAAGAGAAAAGCCUGAGAAAAUUACUAAAAAAGCUCUGAAGAAGAUUACCAAUGUUAAAGUUGAGAAAGAAAUGGGGCUGAGAUGUGGGAUUGAAGGAUGCGCUGUACGUCUGGUAUCACCAUCAAAUAUGUCAUAUCACAGGCAGUGUCAUGAUGGAGUGAAAUGGAAAUGUUUGGAAUGCUGCGAAAAUUCAUCCUCCUGGGCAAAUCUGUCUCUUCAUCUUUGGAAGCAGCAUAGUAUUGAUAUGGAGCUAUAUUCCUGUGACCAAUGCUCUUACAAAACUAAUAGUUUAAGCAAAUUGUUGAACUUACACAGACGCACACAUGGCAAUGAAAGACCCUUCUUAUGUGACUCUUGUGGUAAAGGUUUUAAGACAACUAAACAACUAAGGAACCAUAAGACUGUCCAUAAAGUAAAACAAAAUGGUGAAAAUGAGAAUAUUUCUUGUUCUAUUUGUGGUCGGGCAUUUACAUGUAUGAGAAUGUUAAGGCAUCAUACUGAUAUUGUCCAUCGUAAGUUAAGGCCUUACUUAUGUUCUGACUGUGGGCAUUCUGCAGCUUCACGAAGUUCCUUGCGAAUGCAUUCCAGACAACACACAGGUGAGAAGCCUUAUAGGUGUAAUGAAUGUGAGUACCGUACAUCAGAUCAUAACACCCUUAGGCGGCACAAGAUGCGUCACACUGGUGCAAAACAUUAUACUUGUCCUCAUUGCCCGUAUGCUUGUAUACAAUCUUCAACUUUUAAGAGCCAUCUCAAAAAUAAACAUCCUGGUCUUGAUGAUGGUCUCAUGUUCAGCUGUGAAGUUUGUCCAUUUAGGACUGUAAAAAAAGACAAUUUUUUGGCUCACAUAUCUUACCAUUCAUUAAAAACUCCAGAUAAUUUUCAGGAGCUCUCCAAAGAUAGUGAUUUAGACCUUCAGGAGUACAAUUUGCGGAUGCCUCAAAAUAUUUUGGAAAGAGUGGACGACUUAACCUUUAAAAAUUCCAAAGAUACCUGUUAAAUAACAAAUUGUUUCUUUAAUGGUGCUCUAAACUCUUGAAGAACCAGAAUUGGUGUCAUUUUAUACAUGCGGUCUUGUUGUCUUCUGCUAUUGUUCUCCUAAGAGAGACUGUGUGUCAACUGUCACACUAUCUACCAGUAGCAGUAUUGGUGGGCCAAUCUUCCUUGGCUGAUUGACUGUCAUCAUGGAGUUUUUGAGGUCCCUCUAUUUCUUCAUGUCCCUUCCUGGUGACAUACCAUCAAUUUCAAUCUCACCAACCUCAAGAGAAAUAAAAUCACAUAACAGAUUUAGUAUCAAAAAGAAUUGAAAAAACUUUUUAAAUUUAAAUUUUUUGAAAUCUCAUACUAAAAAUGUUAUUCACAGCUUGUAUGUAGUAAUAAAGUUGUUUGCCUUAAAUUGUUUUGUAAGAAGGAAUUGCUCUUAAUAAUUUGUUGGUGGCUAUAUGAAUGUUAAACCAAGUUUGCCUUUAGGCUAAACUUUAGUUAAUUAACUAAAUUAAUUUAUCUCCACCCCCAGACAAAAAAAACAUAUUUUAAUUUCUAUUAAUUAUUGGCUUAUUUUUUUACAUGAGUUACCAAAGUGUAGUUGUUAAUAAAUGGAGACUGAUUAGUAAUAACUGAAUCGUUAUAUUUUUACUAGUUUUCCAAAGUUCGAUAUAUCUCUAAUUAUUUAAUUUAAUUUAAUUUUUGUGAAUAUUAAAGAGAAAGUUUGUUUUAUAUAUGAUUUAUAUUCUUUGGUGGUUGAUACAAAUAUAUUAAUUAAGUUUUUAAUUUAUAAUUUUGACUUAAUGUGGAUUUAAUGUAUUGCAUUUUAAAAUGGAAUAUAUAUUUAUUUUUGUUUUA